AUGGCCUCUGCAGACAGUUCCAGUCAACGUAAAGCAGCUAUUCCAAGCCCUGCGCGCGAGCUUUUUGAACCAAAGCGGCAUGGCCUGAUCGCACAGCUGGUAUGUGCUGCAAAGCUUACCAAGCUUGAUUCAAUCACCUGGGCUUGUUUGUGGUUUGCGGAUUUCUCGAAAUUAGAAAGUCUCGUGCCAUCCUGUGAAAGGAAUUCACCGUACGGUUAUAUAGUGCACCGUGAUCUCUCGAAGAGUGAGGAUAAAACACAAGUAAUUGAUGCCUGGGCGGUUUCACGGCCCAAAGAAGAAUUGGAAAAGGCCUAUGAAGACGAAGAAUCAGAUACCGAGGGGCCUCCGAUCAAGAAGCGUCGGUUGACUCUGAAGACAGAAGAGAGUCCCAGUUCUGCAGACGAAGCAGCCACUCAUUUAGCCAAUAAACUAUGCACCGAGCGAGAUAAUGCCACUUGUGUGGUCACCGGCUGCCGUGAUCCGGUCGAAAUCGCACAUAUCCUCCCCAACGGUCUUGCAAGAAAGGAGACUCAAGCUAUCCGGGAAUUUUGGGUUCCUCUGCACCGUUUCUGGAGCCAAGAGAGGGUCAUGGCAUGGAUGAAUCAGGCUGCAGGCCCAGAAGGGACAGAGACCUGCUCCAACUUUCUGUGCAUGACGGAUAUGGCCCAUAAACUAUGGAAAACAGCACGCUUUGCCUUGGAAACCGCUGUGCAAUUCUACUGGCUCCCGGUUUAUAACUACCGUUCGAGGAUUCCAGCAACCGAAGUCCCCCGUCGUAUGUCUCGCAAGCUCUCCGGAACAACCGUUGAUGGAAAAGAAACCAUGCUGUUUAAUAUUGCCACAAAUAAGAAACUAUGCUCCGGAGAUAUUCUUACCUUCAAAACAAACGACCCUAACAGUCACCCCCUUCCAUCCAUGGAGUUGCUAGACAUGCAGUGGGUCCUAAAUCGAGUUCUUGCCCUCAGUGGUGCCACUUACGCCACAGACGAAGAGCUUUAUCCCGAUUUCUCGUCGAAUGAGGGCUCAUUUUGGGAUAGCGAGGAAGGUUUCUGA